CCACAUCCAGCCGAGGGUCGCUGUUCUCUCUCACCUCAAACGGGACAUCCUUCCGUCAAAAUCACUUUGUUGCAGACGCCAAGAAUCUUCGAUUUGCAAUGCGGAUCCGACGUCUGUCUUGAGUGGAAUUCCGUUGCUGCCACCGUUGCUGCCAUGUCACUUUAAUGGGAAGCGUUGGCCACACCAAAGAUUGCACCGUUCGGAUUGUCAAGAUGAAUGGAUGCCGGACGGUGCUCCCAACAACUGGCUCAUGGUGUACUCAACAAACGUGGGUCACUCGGACGCCUUUGAGAACAGCGAAGCGAUGGAGAUGCUCAAGAUGGAGCUUCACAGCGAGAUUAUUUAACGGAGUCUAGAAUAGCUCUGGAAGCGCCGACGGACAGACUUUCUACAGAUCAAAAUCAACAACACCUCAAAGCCACUAAAAUAACGCAAUCAACUAAAAGAAGAGUCUCUAGGAGUGCCUGAAAUUUUAGUCGUGGGCAAUCGUAAACUAUGGCGGCUCUUUGGAAUCAUCUGAUCUCUUACGGACAGAUAGCGUUCUCGCUCCUAAGCUUUAGGUCGGUCCUGGUAGGACUUGCCCUCGCCAAUAUCAAGAAUUGGCACUUCGUCUGGACUAUCCGAUUCCUACGCGCCUUUAUUAGACGUCUAACAGACUCUGCGCCGCCGAAGCACCUAAGCCCACGAUGCCUCUUCCUCCCAGCCAUAUCCGCGACGCGUUCGCCGCUCCUAGAGUGUGAUUACAAUAUGCACAAGUCCAACUCAACUUACUUCACGGACCUCGAUAUGUCCCGCGGCAACAUCAGCCUGGUGCUCUUCCGGGAACCCUUCAACCCGUUCCCGGGACCCAAACACUUCAUCAUGAUCCUCGGCGGCGCGCAGUGCGUCUGGCGCAAGGAGAUUGCGCCCUACGAAAAGUACGAGCUAUGGACGCGGGUGCUGUCGUGGGAUGAGAAGUGGAUUUAUCUCGUGACGCACUUUGUCAAGGCGGAUGUAUUUGUGCCGGAAGAGUACGCAAUGCAGCCCGGCACGGGAUCACGGAAGAGCAAGAGACGAGGAAUAGAGGAAAAAGAUCCGCAGAAGGCGGUGUUCGCAUCGUCAAUUGCUCGAUACGUCUUCAAAAAUGGGAGACGGACGGUGCCUCCGGAGCAGGCCUUGUCCAAAUGCGGGAUAUUACCGGAAGACGAUGCCGAGUCGGCCGAAGUGGAACGGCUGAGAGCGAAAUGGCUGCCCGUUGCCCAGCUCAAAUCCGGUUGGGAUUCCGUGCAUGGUCUCUUCGAGCCUGGUGAGCUCGCUCUCGGAAGAUACACUGACCUCUGGUGGCGAUGAGGCAGAUCUUCUCAGCUUCGCAGUCAGAUUAAUAGUUUUAAACUUCAGGAAAGCCUUAGUUUCAAUAUGGGCGGGAGAAAGACUCCCUGUAAAAGGUCACUGUAGCGGUGUAAUUGCGAACUCUCCCGGAGACAUCCAUAGUUUGGGUUGUGGCUAAUUGUCGAUCGAGGAGUUUAAUUCAUGCAGAGUUUGCUUGGAUGAACGAAUGACUAAACAGCUCAUGCAUAAUCCCUCAACGCAGCUGAAAAGCAUC